AGAGAUAUCAUAGUCUAUUUCAGUUGUAGUGUCAACAGCAAAGGAGGGAAAUAAUGGACAAAGCAGAAGCUUUGAAAUGGAAAAUUUGUCUUGGAGUAGUAGCGAAUUCAUUACAGGUUCCUGGAGAAAGUGGGAAUACUGCUAAGUGGAAAUAUCAAAAAGAGAAAAUAUCACCAAAUUGGCAAAAAUAUCCUAAGGAGAAGUCAUUUACAAUUUGGAGCAAACGUCCUCAAAUAAGAGAAAAAGUCCCUUUGAGAAGACGCUCUGAACGAGGAAAAACUCAAAAGAAAAGAUAAUGCAAUACUUUUUUACUUCACAGUUGACUGUAUGAUUCUAAACCUUGUUUACAAUUGUUCUAUUUGAAACAUUUUGUGUGUUUAUGAUGUAAAACAAUUACAAUUUCGAAAAAAAAAAUGGUAAUAUGGACACUGUAAAAAUUUCAGAAUCAUAUUUUAUUUUCUUUUAUCAAGUCAACAGUGUAUAGGCUUAAAAAUAGGUAUAUAACAAGUUUAUUCUCUAUAUAUUAUAGAAAAUGUUAAAUCUAAAUAUAUAUUUAAAAAGUAAUUUGAGCAGAGGAUAUAUUUUAAAAGAUAAAUAGCAUCGCAGACAAGUAGAUUCAAGGGUUACAGGUGAAACCAUAGCCAUUGGUGGUGAAUCUCUUGCUCUGACCAAGUAAAACUGUUGCUGUUGAUACAUCAUUGGAAGAACACUUUGUAGCUCUACAGAAACUUAUGGAAAGAAUCAAGGAAAAAGUCUUUAGAUUUAAACUGAGCAAGUGUGCAUUCUAACAAUAAUCAGUUCAAUUCCUUGGUCAUAGAAUUACACAGAAGGGUAUUGAAACUGAUCCUGAAAAGAUUCAGAAAAUAAAAUAUGCCAAAUUACCUAUGUUUGCAGAUACUUUAUUAAGUUUUGUAGCAUUUUGUGGUUAUUACAGAAGAUUUAUCAAGGACUUUGCAAAAAUUACAAAACCUUUGAGAGAGUAAUUAAAAUUAGAUCAAAAAACUGAAAAAUUGAAAUGGACUAAAGAAGCAGAGGAGGCUUAUCAGAUACUAAAGAAAUCCAUGACAGAGCCACCUAUACUUCAAAUACUUGAUUUUACCACACCAUUUUAUUUAACAACAGAUUCUUCCAAUUAUGCAGUUGGUGCUGUUCUGGAACAAGAAUGGGAAGAAGAUGGA